AUGCCAGAUACAAUAGCGGUACCGGCGACGACGCCAAUAGAAAUUCUGGAAAACGGAGACCCCCCUCUCGUGCUUCCUGCUACAGAAAUCGAUGAAAAUGCGGAGUGGAACACGCCGAAACCCGCAAAUAAGAAGGCCGAGCUACAGGAAUUGCCGAAGACUUCAACGUCGAAGGUUUCUACAUCGGCAUCUAAGGCGUCAAAAGAAACAAACGACCCAACUGAUAGAAAGAAAUUACUUCUGUUCUUUGAUGUGCCCGAAUCCGACGGAGUAGAUGCAGAAACACGUGAGCAACACGACUCUAAGGAAAUAACAAAAAUCACCUUGAAAAUGCUGGACCCCAGUGAUGGACAGGUAUCAAUUUUCAACCUUUUUAGACUAGGUGCAAACCUGCAGAAGGUGGACGGCCUAGACCACUGA